AUGGAAAAUCGUUUAGAAAAAAAUGUCAACAAAUUAAUCGAACGCUACAAAAAGACCAGCCAGUAACUAGAAUAAAUGAUCCAAACAGAAUAAACCAUUUCUCAACCAGUUACUGUGUAUUAAACAAGAUCUCGACAAAGCAGAAAUAAUUUCAAUGAUGAAGAGAGUUCAUCAAGAGAAAAAAAGAAUCAUUCAAUUGAGUAGAUAAGUAGACUUAGAGAAACCUUAAAUGCUAAAGAAUUAUAAGAAAAGGAAAAAUAGGAUAGAUUGAGAAUUUUGAAUAAAGAAUUAAAAAUGACCUUAAAAGAUUAUAUGUAAGCAAAUAGAGACUUGGAAAUUAAAGUGAAUCAAAGAGAAAAGCACAUUAAAUCAUUAGAAUAUGAAUUAAAAUCUAUUUAGGAUUCAUAUUCCAAGGUUGAAAACAAUUCUAAAGAGAAUAGACUAAAAUAUGAAGGAUAAGAGAAAAUAAUUGAAUAACUCUAGUAAUAAUAAUAUGAUUCACAUCAAAAAUUAUUAUUGAAGAAAGAUAAAAUUUAAUUGUUAAAAGAGUAACUAAAACAACAAGAAACUUAAUUUGAUGAGUAAGGAUAAAAUUUUGCUAAAGAAUUAGAACGGGUUUAAAGAAUGUGUGAAGAUUUUUCAAUUGAGAUUAAGAAUUAAGAAGCAUAAAAUAGAGAACUAGAAGAGGAAAAAAUGUAACUAUUGGAAGAAACACAAUAAAAAGAAGCUUAAAUUUAAUAUUUUGAUCAAUUAGUAUAGGAUUUUCGUUUAAGAGAUGAAGACAACUAAAAAUCAAUUGACUAUUUAAAUAAAGAGUUACAAUAUCAUAAAGCAUAAACUUAGUAAUAUAUAAUAAAAUUUGAAGAAUGUUAAGAAUAAUUAAAAUAAGUUUCUGAAAACACUUAAGAAAAGCUUUCAAACCUUGAAAAAGAAUCAAAAAAGUAUUAAGACUAAUUUCAAGAUUUAUUAAAUUAAAAAAAACAAAAAUCAAAUCAAAAUAAGCUAAAGAUCGAGUAGUUAUAAUAGACAAUAUUGGAUUUAUAAAGGAAAAUAGAUAAUGAAGAGAAAAAUAAAGAAAUUCAGGAAUAUGAUUUCAAAAAUUUAUAAUAAUUUAGUAAUGAAUUGAAACAGCUGUCUGAUUAAUAAGCAUAAAAAUUAUUCAAUUAAGAAGAAAAAAUAUAAUCUUUACAUUUAGAAAUAUCUAAAUAGAAGCAGUUAAGUUCAAAUUUACUCAGUCAAAUUAAAUAAAUGGAAUAAAAAUCUUCUUAAGAGUAAACAAUGAUAGAAUAACUAAAAGAUGAUAAUCAAAACUUAUCUGAUUCAAUUGUAUAAUUGUAAAAUUACAUUAGAAAUUUAGAGGAAAACCAUUUACAGUGUAAAUAAUAGCAUGAAAAAUAAAUGGAUGAAAUUGAAAAAAAAAUAGAUGAUUUGGUUGAAUCAGGUCUAAAUGCUCAGGAGCAAUUACAAGAAUAUAUUUAGAAGGAGAAUGAACUUAAGUAAAAAGUAAAGUAGUCAGAACUUGAGACACAAAAUCAAUAGGAAAAAUGUCAGAAAUAUAAAUAAUAAUUAUAAAGUCUUAGACAUACUAUAAAGAAUUUGGAAGAUAAAUUCAAAUAAUAUGAUUGUUAGGCUUAAUAAAUUUAAAUUUAAUCGUAAAAAUAGGUUGAAUUGCAGAAUUAAUAAAAAAUUAAAGUUUUAGAAGAUAUUUAGUCAUUAAUAAAAUUACAUAAAAAAAAUUGA